UCAGGUACAGAGGGACGACACAACAGCAGAUUGUUCAGGUAAAGAGGGGCGACACAACAGCAGACUUUGUUCAGGUAAAGAGGGACGACACAACAGCAGACUGUUCAGGUAAAGAGGGACGACACAACAGCAGAUUGUUCAGGUAAAGAGGGACGACACAACAGCAGACUGUUCAGGUAAAGAGGGACGACACAACAGCAGACUUUGUUCAGGUAAAGAGGGGCGACACAACAGCAGACUUUGUUCAGGUAAAGAGGGACGACACAACAGCAGACUUUGUUCAAGUAAAGAGGGACGACACAACAGCAGACUUUGUUGAGGUAAAGAGGGGCGACACAACAGCAGACUGUUCAGGUAAAGAGGGACGACACAACAGCAGAUUGUUCAGGUAAAGAGGGGCGACACAACAGCAGACUUUGUUCAGGUAAAGAGGGACGACACAACAGCAGACUGUUCAGGUAAAGAGGGACGACACAACAGCAGAUUGUUCAGGUAAAGAGGGACGACACAACAGCAGACUGUUCAGGUAAAGAGGGACGACACAACAGCAGACUUUGUUCAGGUAAAGAGGGACGACACAACAGCAGACUUUGUUCAGGUAAAGAGGGACGACACAACAGCAGACUUUGUUCAAGUAAAGAGGGUCGACACAUCAGCAGACCGUUCCGGUAAAGUGCUCCGCACAAUCGUCAAUAUAACCUUCGGAGUAAACUAAAACCGACUCAAGCGGCUUGGUAAGAGGAUAGGUUGACGUUAUUUAACAGUUAUUUAACACCACCUGGGUAAGAGGUUGUUUAUGUUACAUCUGGAUGUGAGGUUGUUUAGUAAAAAAGACGGGUGUGAGGAUUUUUGGUUAAAUAAUGUGUGAUUGUUAAACAAAGUGUCGUAAAAUACAUCCCAAUUUUUCAAGUUUACAGCAUUACGAUUUGAGAAAAGUCAGCCCAGCAAAGAUGAGUGAAAUUCACGACUUUUUGAGAGACUGCUACGACUCCACUUCUGUAAAGUGCAACUUCAUCUGCGCUAUCAAUGACUGGAACCUGACGCCCAACAUCAAGAACAUCGUGUCUCAGAUACACCCUGAGACGAUGAAGAGGUAUUACGGUUGCGGACUCAAUACCCCCGAAGGCAUUGAAGGGAAACGUGUCCUUGACAUUGGAUGCGGAUCAGGCAGUCUCGUUUUCCUCCUCAGCAAAUUAGUCGGCCCAACCGGAAGUGUAGUUGGUGUGGACCUGUCGCCAAAUCUGAUUGCCGAGUGUGUGAACAGGGAGGACUAUCACCGCAACAGAUGGGGAUACGACAAGAAAAACACGGAGUUCUUUGUCGGAAACGCCGAGAACAUGUCCCAGCUUAAAGAUCAAAGUUUUGAUGUCAUUGUAUCAAACGGUGUGUUUUGCUUGAUACCAGACAAGUCAAAAUCGUUUGCUGAAGCCUUCAGAUUGAUGAAGGAUGGUGGUGAGCUCUACUUGAAUGACAUAUACGCUGAAACACCAGCCCCCGCCGAGCUCAGGGAUGAUCUGAAGUUUUGGGAUUGGGCUGUGACUGGUUCCCAGCUGCCAGAUGAGUUGCUGUCCUCGGCCAAGGACGUAGGCUUCACCCUGCCAUACCUCACUUCCGUCGGACCUAUCGACGUCAACGAUAGUUUCAAAACAUUGCUACCCGGAAGAAGGUACCUUUGCGCGGGCAACCGGAUGUUCCGUUUAGGAAGCGGAAGUGACAGGGGACCAGCUUCUGUGACGUACAAAGGAAACAUCAAAGAUCAUGAGUCGGAGUUCAAAUGGGACGUCAAUCUGACCUUUAAGACAGGGGAGGCAGUAACAGUAGACGGGGAACUGGCCGCCAUCUUGGCCAAUACUCGCUACAGGGAUUCCUUUGACCUUCAAGACACUUCCGGUCCGGCCGAGACAAGGCGGUGUCAGAAUCCCUUUGCGCAUCUGGACCAGCUGUCAUCCCAGGGUAAACGUCCUCCCUGCAUCUUCACUGUGGGGGUAUACCUGUGAUGUCAAACCACAGCUGAAAACGUGUUGAUUUCGUGUCAGACGGUCGGUUAGAAAUA